GUCUCUGGUACGCUUCCGAAGAUGUUUCCCGCUGCAAUAUUACUCGCAGUUUGUGCCUUCGUUCUAUUUUGUGUUUACGACUCCGUAAAGCCAGCCAAUUUCCCACCAGGACCAAGAUGGCUGCCGUUCGUGGGAUGUUUUCCACGCUUUUACCGUCUCCGAUCGAAGUACGGCUACGUGCAUUUGGCGAUGAGAGAUCUCGCUGAAAAAUACGGUUCGGUGCUCGGCAUCAAGCUCGGAAAACAGCGCAUUGUUAUAGUCAGUACGCACGAGCUAAUCAGGAAGGUUCUCACACAGGAAGAGUUUAACGGCCGUCCGGAUGGUUUCUUCUUCAGAGUGCGUGCCUUUGGAGAAAGGAGAGGAGUUUUGUUCACCGACGGGAUCAAGUGGUCUCAGCAUCGCCGAUUCUCGCUUCGUCACUUGCGCUCAUUCGGAUUUGGCCACCGAAAAAUGCAGAACCAAAUCGUCACGGAGGCCGAGAAUCUGGUCAAAUUUUUGCACAAUCAGAGUCUGCGAGGUCCCGUGCCAAUGCACGGCGCCUUCGAUGUUGCCGUGAUAAAUUCACUCUGGUUGAUGUUCGCCGGCAGACGUUUCGAUUACAGUGACCAGAGGUUAACGGAGAUCCUGCAAGUCACUCACGACGCUUUCAGAUUGAUAGAUACCUCCGGUGGGAUUCUCUGUCAACUUCCGUUCCUGCGUUUCAUUUGCCCCGAACUUUCUGGCUACAAAUCGUUGAUGACGAUACUGCGGAAACUGUGGUCUUUUCUGGCGGAGGAAAUUAACGAGCACGUCUCGAGUCUUCCGGCAGAUGAGCCACGCGACUUAAUAGACGCCUUUCUGAUGGAAAUCUCACGGAACGAGUCGAGUGACUCUCACGAUCAGUUCAAUCAUGAGGAGCUUCUUGUCUUAUGCUUGGAUCUCUUUCUCGCUGGAUCCGAGACGACUAGCAACACGCUUUCUACGAUGCUAAUAUAUCUCGUCCUGAAUCCCGAAUGGCUGGAAAAACUUCAGAUGGAACUGUCGAAGGUCGUCGGUAGAGACAGACCACCGAAUACUGAGGAUCGUUCGUCUCUACCUGAAAUGGAAGCAUUUUUAGCCGAAGUGCAGAGAUCGGUCUUCAUAGCGCCUCUGGGUGUUCCCCACAGGACAGUAAAAGACGUCUGCCUGAACGGAUAUCGCAUUCCGAAGGACACCGUGGUGCUGGUGAAUUAUUACAGCGUGCAUCACGAGAGGCUACAUUGGAAAGAUCCGGAAGUAUUUCGUCCGCAACGAUUCCUGAACGCAAAUGGAGUAUUUAUGCCGGACGAUUUCUCCAUCCCGUUCGGACUUGGAAAAAGACGCUGCUUGGGAGAAGUGUUGGCGCGAAAUAGUUUGUUUCUGUAUCUCGCCUACGUUCUGCACUACUUCGACAUCAAUAUAUCGGAAAAGCACGGACCUCCAAACCCGAAUGGCAACGACGGAUUCACCAUUUCGCCGAAACCGUUUUACCUGGUGCUGUCCCACCGAAACGGUUGAAAAAUAACCACACUGAGAAAAGUUUCUCAUGGUGUUUUCUACAAUAAUAUUUUCAGCUAUUUCCAUUUUUUUUUAUCAUAACCGAAAAACAUGUUUCUGUAUACAAAGUGAAACUGAGUUUUGUAGCUAUAAACGGAAAAUUCAAUCUGUGUUUCCAUUCUUCUCGAUUAUGGUAACUCGUAUUAUAUUUUGUUGUAACCGUUCGGCGGAAAUAAAUUGAUGUUAAGGUCUUAUUUAACCGAGAAAAUUUAUAUAACUAAACAAACAGAUUCAACGUUGCAACAAUCUGAAAACGUAACGUUAAGAAUCAUAAUAACACUAAAUUAUUACUUGCAGCACGUUCUCUUUUAAUUCCAACAAUAUUUAGACAAAAAUUUUCUCGCAACUGUAACAAACGAAUUUUUUUUUCCAGUGGCACCUUCCUUACUCGCACGAAAUUUACAUCCGUUUGAUCCCGUUGUGCGCAGAUAGAGUGUUGAUAAUGCGAACGUUCAACUACAAUGUAAACGGAACUGAACAACACAGAGUUAUUAUUAUCAUACAUUACUACUUCGUUAAGUCUGCAUGGUCCUUUAAAUGAGAGCUGAAACGUUAAUCGUCAGUCGGUUACAUUUUCGAUUGUUAGAUUUUCAA